ACGACUCACCCACCCUCUCGGUGAUACAAAGUGAUUGCCAAGAAUUCGCUUGCAUUUGCAUCACGCGGCAUUGCGCCAGCGACCCUUUUUUUCCAGAACGAAAACGUGGAACUGCGAGUGGGUAGUAUGAUAUCGGUGCUCACAACCGUCUGGCAUAGAUCUCUAUUACUAUUACCAACACCUUCGGGGUCGAGAAUCCGUUGUGCGGCACGGCUAGGCCCGCUCACCCGCGCGGAAAGAGUCAGGAUGGAGCCAUUGGAAAUGCCGGUCUUUUAUUGCGUCUACCUGCUUCGCUCAACGGUACGUCCAAAGUCCUUUUAUAUAGGCUCGACACCGGAUCCCCGACGUCGCCUCGCGCAGCAUAAUGGCCAGACGAAGGGUGGAGCGGAGAGGACUAGUAGGGAGAACUUGAGGCCUUGGGAAAUGACUUGUAUAGUGUCUGGCUUUACAUCUUCUGUGGCGGCUCUACAAUUUGAAUGGGCCUGGCAAAACCCACACAAGACUUCGAAAAUCGAAAAAUCCCAGCGCAUCAGCAAAUCCAUCCGUAUAAAGACCAACUUUGGCAGAACAAGGAUCAUCUCCCCGCGCAUGGGGGCGAAAGCACUCCUGGCGAACCUGCACCUCCUCCUGCGCGUGCCGGCAUUCGCGCGAUGGCCGCUGUCGGUACGCUUCUUCGCCGAGGACCUGUACGUGGCGUGGGAGGCGCACUGCGGGACGAGAUGCGGUCCGCUAAAAGCCGUCGAGGUUAAGCUGGACCUGCGGAAGAGUGAGAGCUCGAGGAGUCCGUCGCCCCCGCCCAACCGUCGGACGGGGUGUAAGGUGAAGCAGUUCUCACCCACGGGGGAAGGUGGCCUUCAAGGGCUCGACAUAACCAACCGUCAUCUCGACCGGCAUAUGCAGAAAGCCAGGGACCUGCUGCGCGACGAGGAUAUCAAGUGCGGGGUCUGCGCCGGGGGGGUUUCACAUGAUGGCGGGGCAACGGCUGUUGUCUGCCCGCAUGCGUUUUGCAAUCAUGUUGCGCAUUUGAAGUGCCUUUCUCAGGUCUUUUUACAGGCGGACGUUAGGUAUGCGGUGUUGCCGACGGAGGGUUUGUGUCCCGAGUGUAAUAGGUCCACGAAAUGGGUGGAUCUGGUCAGGGAGCUCUCGUCGAGGACUAGGCGGAGGUCUGAGGCGACGAGAAAGAAGAGUGCUGGUGCCGUCGGGACGGUUGGGCGAGAGGAUGAAGAGGAUGAAGAGGAGGAGGAGGAAAUGGAUCUUAUGCUGAGUGACGACGAGCUCGGAUUGUAUGAUAUUGUGGCCCGCGUGAGUGACAGCGCCGGCUCCAUAUCCACCUCCGACUCGGACUCCGACUCCGAGGCCAGCGAUCGUUCGAGGGGCAGUGCCUGGAAAUCCAAGAAAAAGAGACCCGGGAAUAAGAAUUAAAGGAAAGGGGCAGAUAUGAUACCUCAAAUGAAACCGAAAGAGCGAAAGCAAUGAUCGGGCUUGGAAGCUAGAUUUUGGGAUAUCCCUCUCACCUAUGUUCCAAUGACAGGUAGCAGUUAUGUAACAAUAUGGCAAGUCAGAACCCAGAAGUCGUCCGUCUCGUACUAUUAUUGGCUUUAAAAAAAGGGUUAGAUGUAGUAAACCAAUUACCAGUACUACCCAGACCUUUUCUUCCCUUUCUCAAGACAUCGUUGUAUUAUACUCUACAUUGGUAUCAUAAUGAAGCCUAGCAUUAUUUUACAGCA